ACCCAUCGACAAUGUAUCGAAUCUAUAUUCGAUCUAUGACAAUCACAAACGAGACCAGUUUAUAUAAUUAUGUAAAUGUACAGACACCGUCAACCGCACGAUUCGAUGACGUUUUACACGACGUACCGGAUGAAUUUAGUUUUACGAUCUUGUUAAAAGUGCCGCAUGUUCUUAAUGACACGUAUGAUAGUGGUAUGCACAUUAUUGUCAAAGGACCUAAUCGGUGCAAGAAUUAUUCGAAAAUACCUCAAAAUUUACUAAGGCAGGUGAAUGUAAAAAAGAAUGAUGUCGGAUGGCAAGCUGCUGAGAUCACGACAGAUGAGAUUGCUCGCAACAAUUAUACCUUUAUAGUUGGUGACAACAAAACUUACGGAGGAGCUAGAAAUUGCCCAUUGCAGCCUAAUCGAUCAUAUGAGAUAAUAGUUAUUCUAAAAGAACAAAGAUCAAUAUUUCGGAUUUCUAAUGAAAUGACCAUGCUUAAACUAUGGACUAGCAUCGGAAAAGUUUCAGAUUCAUCACCGAUUUACGAAAUAUGGCUUUCUAUUCCUAUAAUAUUACUGCUCAUUAUAGUUGUCACAGUGUUUUAUAUUUAUCGAAGAAGAACGAGACAAGUAUUGGAACAGAUGAUGUCGCAAAACGAGAUGGAGGUGUGGCAAAACGCUGAGAAGACGACUGUCUUUAGUAAUACAGUCAAAUCUCGGUAACUCGAACCUCUGUAACUCGAAAACCUCUAUAAGACGAAAAUUUUGUUUAUUCCUUUCCGCUCCGCGGAAAGAAAAAGUGCACUUCGAUGAAUCGAAACCUCUACAAUUCAAAGAUUUUAGCUCUUCUCUUGAGAUUUGAGUUAUCGAGAUUCGACUGUAGUAGUAAUACUUAAAUUAGUAAUAUUAAGAUUAUUUAAAAUUAAUAUAAAAAGUAUCAAUUUUUGUGCGAUAAUUGUGGGCAGAGGAGGACGAUAGAAAGUUGAGAGGAUAAGAAUGUUGAUAGAAGUAGUGCUGGGAAGGAAUAGAGAAGAGGAAGAAGUAAUAGAGAAAUUGCAAAGAAUAAAAAAUGGGGACGUUUGAGAAAAAGAGGGAUGGGAAUAAAAUUGAGAUGAAAAGAUUGUAUGAAGUAGAGUGGAUAAAGAGACGUUGAGAAUCACUAUGAGUAAGGUUGAGGAAGUGAGGUGUGAAGGAUGGAGAGUAAAGAUAUGAUCUAAUGAAGCGGCGGAAGCGAGUUAGAAUUAAAUUAAAUUAAAAAUAGAGUGUGUGUUUGUGUGCAGACAAGUUAGAUAGAUUAUAGUUGUAAGUUAGCCGUAAGUUGUAAAAUUAAGUGUAACUUUUCAAUUUUGUAAGGUGUUUAGUUGAUAAGAGAAUAAUGUAAUGAUUAUGAU